AUGUCUUUUACCUUCCACUGGCCAGAUUUCUCCGACCAGUUUCACUACGAUGCCAUCCAAAUGCUCAACACUGCGCUCAACAAGGGUAACAAACCUCCCAUUAUUGCGGACAAAAUCGAGGUAGUGGAAUUGCAGAUGGGGACCCAGCCUCCAGAACUGGAGAUACGCGAUAUUGGCGACCUGACGAUGGACCAAUUUCGCGGUAUCUUCCGACUAACUUAUGCUGGCGAUGCCCAUUUGGUACUCAAAACGAAAGUCCAGGCCAACCCACUCAACCACAAACAACCCGACAUUCAUCUCAUGACGGGCUCUCACGGAAUGCUUGCCGCAAAGCAAGCCCUCGUUGUGCCCAUGCUGCUUCGACUUUCAAACUUUAAACUCAAUUCAUAUGUUGUUCUUGUCGUCUCGAAGCAGAAGGGCAUUACGCUGGUGUUCAAGACCGACCCGCUCCAGAGCGUUGAUAUAAACAGCACCUUUGAUUCGAUUGAAGUUAUCCAGAAAUUCAUCCAACGCGAAAUCGAGGGCCAGUUGCGGCAAAUGUUCCGCGAAGAUCUACCUGGAAUCAUUCAUCGACUCAGCCAACAAUGGGUUAGGGCCAAAGUUGAAACUCCACCACGACGGACGACUUCUGAACCCCGCCCUCCUAACAGCACCCCUCCCAGUUUAACACGACAAAACAUCAAGAUGUUCAACUCCUCCGCAUCUCUGUCACCUCCGGCAGUCCACCGCGCUGGAUCUAUAAGUCGCUCGACAAAAAGCAUGCCCCCUCCUCCCCCAAAUCCCAUUAUCACCGAUACCGAGCCUUCUUUUGACCCUACCUACGGUCUUCGACCAGAAGGCGUCCCGGCCAAGAACGUCUUUCGUAGUUUUCGAAAUCUAUUUUCGUCACCACGAGGGCUCGCAGACCUCGCAGAGACAGAACAUGAAUCCUCGAUGGCUGACGACUUCGAAACAUCUUAUGAUGUUCUCGAAUGGGGUCCGCCAAUUCCGCCUUCAAGUAUUACCGGAGCAGAGUCACUCUACGAGCGGAUGCCAGCCGUCGGCGGUGGAACUAUCAUACGACCACGCGUCCUUCAUUCCCAGUCCCCAUCUCAAGCACCGUCACAAAUCCACACUCCAGCUUUACAUCGUACUCCGGACCGUCCACCAUUGUCUCGCAAUCCAUUCUCUGCUGCAUUUGCUUCGUCAGCAUCUCCUCCUUCCUCUCGAUCAACCUCCCCAUCGCCAUCACAUACCCUCUCGCAUUCCACCAACGAAACACCUCCUUCUGAAUCUGACGCGUCAGGCGCCUACCAUGAACCUCAAUCUUUAACAGCCCAUGCUGUUCACGCUUUGGCAAUGCUCUCGCAUUCCAACCACACUCUUUCGCCAUAUACCCGUUCCUUGGCCCAUUUUGCGGUACGGAGUGGCCCACCAAAACCCCGUCCUCCAGCGAUCAGUGCUGCCCGCAAAGGCAAACGAAAACGAACGUUUCAUAUUGGCAAGGGGACCAACAACGCCUCAAGGGACGCCAACUCAGAAGCUCACUCGCUUCCUAGUGAGAUGUCUCCUUCAGAGUUUGAUGCUGGCGACAUGGAUGUCUAUUUUCGGCCAUUGGACCAUGACGAGCUUCCUCACUCGCCGCUGCGACACUCAUAUUUGCAGAAUGAUUGA